CAUACACAAAUGGUUCGAUUUGAUCAAUAAGUAAUACAACAAUGUAUUCGCUCGAUAUCCAAUAAAUGUCAACCUGUAAUUUGUCGAGCAAUUACGGCCACGUUCCAUUAUCGAGACACGCACGCAAUAAAUGCGAAUAUUUUUCCUAUGCCAAAGUCCGAGAUAAUCAUUUUUUAGCCAGAAAAAUAAAACAGUCUAAGCGGUCCUAAAUAAAGUUGGGUCAAAGCGUGAAGUGCAAUGUCCCUUCAAGGUCUCCUCAUCCCCACGUGGGUUGGCUGCCUCGGUGGCUUCUUCUUUGUCCAGCGACCUUGGGGUCAUCUCACCUUCAAGUCCUGGCUCCGAAGUCCCAUUCUCUUCUGGACCAUCUUUCUCGUCAUCCCCCAAGUGUGCGUCGUGCACGACUUGGCUGUAUCCGAUGUGGCCUCGUUCGCCCCCUCCGGAAGUACCAACAACCCCAUCUUUCGCUACAUCCACUCGGGCGUCCUUGCCUGCACCUGUCUCACCGUCUUGGCCUUCCGCUACCACUUCAUCCGCUAUGCCAAACCACUCGCCAAGCUCCUCAACAGACUCAGUCGGAUAGAAAUAGUGAGAAAGGAGGAGGCUUCGCAAUAUUGGCGCAAGACCUGGAUACUCGCUCAUAUCACCACGACGCUGUCCCUCAUCGUCAUCACAUCGACAGUGGUCGUGGUUGGCUGA